GAGAAUGUCAAUUGACCAAAGCCACGCAAAAGCCAUCAAAAAACCAGUCUUUUCAUCAUGGAGAUGACACAUCCAGACAGCUUGCGUGCGGAGACCAUUAUAGAGUUUGCAAAAGAAAUACAGACCCGGCUUUCUGAGAGUGACGGCUUCAAUGAGGCCCUCCACGACGAUGCACUCCGCACUUUAGACAAGUGCAUCGACCAUAUACCUUUACCUGCGACGGCGGUCCCGCAUACAAUUCGUCAUCAAAUGGACCACGAAGGUGUCAAACUCUGGAACCUGUGUGCGCAGCAGAUGCUACAUGUGGAAGGUAGCAGGGACAUGAUACUGGUCUGCAAAUUGAAAGUAUUGGCCUACUUGAUGAUUGGAAGUGUCGCUUCAAAGCAGGGUCAAGGGAGCUUUCGCGUCCUGGAGGUAGCCUUGAACACGGCCAAGGCGUGCGCGGAAACAAGGCAAUUUGACCUGAGCCAGAGAAUAAUCGAGACCAUAGCUGUGAGGCUGGAUGAUAUCGAGAAAUCAAAUUCCCAACAUGAGCAUACUCGGCUACGAUCCGCCACCGUGGAAUACUACAUGCUUCGUGUAUACCUGUCAUGGUUUCGAGGGAGACCUGACAUUGCAGAUCAUUUGUUCUCAAAAAUACCGGCGACACAUAUUGACAAGAACCAAAGAUGUGUUCUAGACAUAUGCUACAAGGUUGGCAAUCUGGCACUUUUAUCCCAUGGACAUCAUACAGCAGUAAAAUGGCUAGGAAGGGCAGUGAAAGCUUAUGAGCAGUUGAGUGACGACUCACAAGAGUCUGACAUAACUUUGGAGGAAAAGAAACUGGUUGUCAUGCACACGUUUGUACGUGCAUGCCUUCGUCUGGACAAAAUGGAAUCCAAAAAGCCUUUGAAUAGAGCACUCGAAUCACUGAAAACCAAAUAUGGCGAUACCUUUGCUGUUCAAAUGCUACAAUUAGAAGCUCUUGGCAUUGAAGAAACCUUGACUGGCCAAGAAUACCUGCAGAUUGUUCAAUAUGCCAUUAAGACAGUGGAGCAUAAACACGGGCAUUUGAACAUCCUCCUAUGUUAUAUCCAGAAACUGAGGGAAUUGGAUGUGAAAUGUUAUGUGCAGGCGUUGAAACAACUCCUUACCGAGAUACUUGUUUCUCCGGCUGAAAGAAGUCUGAUUGAAUCCACUUUCAUUCGGCUGGUUUGGACAUUGACAGAUGCGAGUAUCGAGGCCCAGCAUGCCCUUGAUAUUUGCCAAGAUACAUCGACAGCGCUCAUAGAAACCCUACAAGGGCCUUUGAGUGAGAAUGCGACUCAUGCUUCUCUGAUUCUUAUGUGGAAAUAUAUCGAUCGUAAAUUGUCUAUGGAUGAUGCCCCGACUGCACAGAAAUGGUGCUUCUUCGUUCUUGACCAUCCGGUUUUUCAAAUAUCUCCAGACACGCGUGGGAAAUUUCUUAGAAAAUUGAUAAUCUAUGCUAUGGAAAACCCGGGCUCGUCCACAUGGCAUGACUUAUUCCACAAAAUGCCGAUACAGUGCCAGCAGUCUCCCUCCGCCUUAUUUCUCAUGCACAAAUAUGCUCUUGCACGAAAGGAUUUUUCUGAAGCAUCUGCAUAUCUUCAAAAUCUCUGUGAACAGGCAGAUCAAGCAAAUGCCUAUCUUUUGCCUUGUAUGGGCGAGGCGAUGCAAAUGGGACAAGCCCUGCAAGCAGCCAAGAUAUUGGAGCGAAUACUCGCAAGCUCAGAUGGUGCUUGCUUCGAGGCAAUGAACGUCAAGGAUCUUUUCCAACCCGUACUUCAUCAUCUCUUAAUCGAUAUCGAGACAUGUGACAACAAUGAGGAAGAGCUGAUCCUCCAGAUCACAUUUAUAUUUGAAGCCGGUGUGUCUCAUGCAAUUUCAAAUACAGACCGUCGUCAAGUGACAAAUCCAGCCAUCAACCAAGCAGGCAAACAAAACGAAGCCCAAUUCUCACCUAUUCAGCUCGAAUGGCUUUCUCACAAGAGUUAUAACGUCGCUUUACGAACCCACAAACACUCUCAGCCCAAGCUAGCACUGCAGCUAUUAGAUAUAUCUGUGAAGUUCGCCGAACUGCAUCAGCAAACCCUACCCCCAGAAACUCAACCCAGUAUAAACCAACACAUACUCCACUGCGACUUCCUCCUCGCCCUCAUAACGGUAUCACAGGCCCGCAAAGCAAAGACUACUCCUCAAAAAAAAAAAAACCACCAAAAACUCACCCACCUAACAAACCACUUCCACACUCAUAUCCACCCCCUACUCAAUACCCACAGCCCAAAAAUUCAGGAAUGGACCCCCAAGUAUCGCACCAUUCUCUCCUGGGGCUUCGAAGCCGUCGUCUCCCUCCACAAAUGGGACGACGCUGCCAGUGUGAUCGAGAAAGCAGGCACCGUGACAGAUGGUAAACUUGCAUCCAUCUUCUUAGAUUGCUUACUCCGCUCCGAAGCCCCGGUGAAGGAGAUGGCGAGGAUGGUUAAGCUAAUGAUCCGCACCCUCCACACCUCCCCCUCCGCAUCCGAAAACAACCAGACCUUCCGGUCCACACUCCCGCGCUACCUCCGAAUCCUAUUCCGCCUUUCCCUCUCCGCAAAAGACACACCUCUGGCCGAAUCAGUCCUCGACCAGGCCUUGAUCCUAGCGCAGGAAGCACACCAGUCUGAGUCUGAUGCGUCCGCAGGUCUGUAUCCCAACGACGAGAUCCAGUGGCUCUCAACUGUGGCGUUUAAUCGGGCCGUGGAGUUUUACCGCGCGUCGAGAGAUGAGGAGUGUCGGCGGUGGGCUGGGAAGGCGAUUGCGUUGGCGGAUUUGAUACAUGGGGGUGGUGCGGGUGAGUUGGGGGGAUUGCUACGGCGGAACUUUGCGAAAUUGAUUUGAAGGAUAGGUACUGUUGUUUGAUCAGGGGAGUUUAUACUCGAGAAU